AUGGCGGGUGGUGCGGAGGCGGCAUGGUUGACUGCUGAGAUUUGCCAGCGGGAGCAGGAGCUGCGCGGCUUACGUGAGCGGCUGGCCGCCGUCCUGGUGGAGGGUGCUGUGGAAGAUGGUGGGGCCACUGUGGCCCCUGAGGAGUGUGCCGCAGCCUUUCCCGGCGAGCUCCCCCCUCUUCCCGCCCAGGCCUCUCUGAGCCCCGCCGACAUUCUGCGAUACAGCCGUCAGCUGGUGCUGCCUGAACUGGGCGUGCGGGGACAGCUGCUUUUGGCUCGUUCUUCCGUGCUCGUGGUGGGCUGCGGCGGCCUGGGGUGCCCACUGGCCCAGUACCUGGCUGCCGCCGGUGUUGGCCGCCUGGGUCUGGUGGAUCACGACGUGGUGGAGAUGAGCAACCUGCACCGGCAGGUGCUGCACGGGGAGGCUCGUCGAGGGCUCCCCAAGGCCAUAUCUGCCGCGGCAGCUCUGCGGCUGCUGAACUCCACCGUACAGUACGUGCCCUACUGCGGUGCCCUGAGCCCUGAUACUGCCCUAGAGCUGGUGCGGCAGUACGAUGUCAUCGCCGACUGCUCCGACAACGUCCCCACCAGGUACUUGGUAAAUGACGCCUGUGUACUGGCCGGGAAACCCUUGGUGUCCGGCAGUGCUCUUCGGCUGGAGGGGCAGCUAGUUGUGUACAACUACCAGGGAGGGCCCUGCUACAGGUGUCUCUUCCCCAAGCCCCCUCCACCAGAGACAGUGACUAACUGUGCAGAUGGGGGAGUGCUGGGUGUUGUGCCAGGCAUCAUGGGGUGCAUGCAGGCCUUGGAAGUGCUGAAGAUUGCUUCAGGAAUAGGUUCCUCCUUCAAUCAGUUCAUGCUGAUGUUUGAUGCUCUUGAAGGGAGAUUUCGCAACAUCAAGUUACGAUCAAAGAAACCAGACUGUGCUGUUUGUGGUGACAAUCCAUCUGUCACCUGCCUUCAGGAUUAUGAAGCAUUCUGUGGUUCUUCUGCAACAGACAAGUGUAGAACUUUACAUCUGCUGUCCAGUAAAGACAGGAUAUCUGUAGAGGAAUACAAAAAACUGUUGGAUGAGCACGUUCCUCAUGUAUUGUUAGAUGUUCGUCCUCAGGUGGAAGUGGAUAUCUGUCGCCUGGUACAUGCCAUCCACAUUCCUUUGAGUAAAUUAGAAGAAAAAGAUGAAGAAUACCUGCAGUAUUUGGAAAGAAUAAUUUGUGAAGAAAAGCAGAGAACUAAUGGCCAGACAUCUUUUCCUGUGUAUGUUGUUUGCAAAUUAGGAAAUGACUCUCAGAAGGCUGUAAGGAUUCUGCAGGAAUUACCUGUCAAAGAAUUUGGUUCUGUGUUAGCUAAGGAUAUUAAAGGGGGGCUCAUGGCUUGGGCCACUAAAAUUGACCCAUCAUUUCCUCAGUAUUAG